UUACAGCCGUAAGUCGGUGUGUACACACUAACCGAAUGUUAAAUUAAAAAACAGCAAACGCACAAUAAUACAAAUCAUUGCUGCCGAAAUUUCUAGUAUAAAUUGAAAUUAAAAACGCGGUGACGGCAUGGCAGACAAGGCUACAAAUGAUGAAGAAUUCCAAGAUGCGGUAGACGAGCUCACGUCGCCCAUACAAAAAGUAAACCCCAAUUCACCAGAUCAUGUCAAAUUGAUUGAUGACAUUAUAGAAAAGAAUAGUAAACUACGUCUUGCGGAUGGAGAAGGAGGCGCCGUGGGUGGCGAAGAGGAGAACAAUAAGGACGAUGACGAUGAUAAUAGCGGUGAUAAAAGUGAUGUGAUACAGCCCGAUGGAGAACUUAGCUUGGAGGAGCUGCAACUGCAGGAGAAAGAACUGAGUGCCGAACAACUCGAAGCUAACAAAGAGAAGGCGAACAAACUAAAACUCGAAGGCAAUGAGCUCUUUAAAAACGAUGAGGCCGAACGUGCUGUUACAUUAUAUACAGAAGCACUGAACAUUUGCCCCUCCAUAAAUAGCAAAGAGCGUGCUAUACUGUUUUGUAAUCGUGCAGCGGCCAAAAUGAAGUUGGAUGCUAACAAAGCCGCAAUUGGCGACUGCACACAGGCCAUACAACUCCAUCCGGUAUAUGUGCGUGCGUUAUUACGGCGAGCCAAGCUAUACGAGCAAGAUGACAGACCAGAUGAAGCGUUGACAGAUUACAAGCGAGUAUAUGAAAUUGAUCCGGGUCAGCCUGAGGCACGAGAGGCUCAAGUACGUCUGCCAGCUUUGAUAAAUGAGCGCAAUGAAAAACUGAAAACCGAAAUGAUGUCCAGUCUAAAAGGCUUGGGCGAUAUGAUAUUGAAGCCCUUUGGUUUGUCUACCGCAAAUUUUCAAAUGCAGCAGGAUCCUAAUUCUGGUUCAUAUUCCAUUAAUUUUAAUCAAAAUAAGAGUUAGUAUGAAAUACCGUGACAAGUUUGUUAAAGGAAUAAAGUUGGAUAAACCAUGAAAAA